AUGGACUCCAAAUGGGAUGUAGAGAAAGGCUCAGCACCUGAUGCUAGCCCUAAUACGACCUCCUCUUCCACAACCCAAAGUGUCGAUAAUGUUGCCUAUCGUUCAGAUUCACUAUCUACUACAGCAGCAUCAUCCUAUCUAUCAUCCCGUGAUGAAUUCGAAUAUCUAUCUCAAGUCCCGACUUCACAUUCCCACCGUGUCACCGGCCUGGACCUACAUCCUACCGCAUUGGAACGCAUUGCAACCCAACGAAGCCAACACAAUGCCACCGUCGGCGCCAGUCACAAGAAGAAAACAGAAGAGGCAGGUCCUCUUCCAGAUUUCGGAGCUGGCAAACCCUAUCCACCCCCAUUACCCGACAAGGAGGAAUACGUGGUCGAGUUCGCCGGUCGAGACGACCCUCUCCAUCCCCAAAACUGGCCAACAAGCAAAAAGAUAUUGACGGCUGUCAUCCUGUCUUGGACAACCCUCAAUUCAACAUUCACGAGCAGUAUAUACUCUGCUGCCAUCGGCACCGUGGCGCACGAGUUCGGUGUCUCAAGUGAAGUCAGCACCUUGGGUUUAUCACUCUACGUCCUCGGCUUCGCAAUGGGUCCUAUCGUAUGGGCACCAUUCUCAGAACUGAAAGGUCGACGUCUCCCCCUACUGCUAUCAAUGUUCGGCUUCACAAUCUUUCAAUUCGCCGUUGCAACAGCCGAGAAUCUCCAAACCAUCAUGCUAUGCCGCUUCUUCGGCGGUUUCUUCGGCGCAUGCCCUCUUGCCGUCGUUGCCGCCGUACUGGCAGAUAUCUACAACAAUCGCGUCCGCGGCCUCGCCAUCGUCGUCUUCGCCAUGACAGUCUUCACUGGACCACUAAUCGCCUCAACACUGGGCGGAUUCAUCGUGCAAAGCCUUGGCUGGCGCUGGACCGAAUACCUCACCGGCAUCAUGGGCGCCUCAGCCCUACUAAUUGACCUCUUCCUCCUCCACGAAACAUAUCCCCCAAUCAUCCUAGUCCACAAAGCCGCCGAACUCCGCCGCCGCACAUCAAACUGGGGCAUCCACGCCAAACAAGAAGAAAUCGAAGUCGAUUACCGCGAACUCAUCCAAAAGAACCUCCUCCGACCAAUCAAGCUGCUCUUCCUUGAACCAAUCGUCCUCUUUCUGAGCAUUUACAUGGCCUUCCUUUACGGUCUUUUGUAUCUGUUUCUCACGGCUUAUCCAAUCGUUUUCCAGAAUAUCCACGGUUUCGCGCCGGGUGUUGCUGGACUACCGUAUUGGGGGUUGGUCGUUGGUGAGAUUUGUGGUGGCGUGUAUAUUAUUCUCACGCAGCCGUCGUAUAACCGCAAGUUGGAUGCGAAUGAUGGUGUUCCUGUCCCGGAAUGGCGUAUGCCUCCUGCUAUUAUCGGGAGUGUUGCGUUUGCGGGGGGUUUGUUUUGGUUUGGAUGGUCGGGGUUCAGGGCGGAGAUUCAUUGGGCUGUGCCUAUGGCGUCUGGGUUGAUGAUUGGAUUCGGUUUGUUUUGCAUUUUCUUGGGGGCAUUCAAUUAUAUUAUUGAUGCUUAUACAUCGUUCGCCGCCUCAGCCCUCGCAGCGAACAGUAUCCUCCGAUCCUCCGCUGGUGCCGGAUUCCCUCUAUUCGCUCCCGCCAUGUUCAAGUCAAUGGGGGUAAACUGGGCGAGCACAUUGCUCGGUUGUGUUGCGGUAUUGAUGAUCCCUCUCCCGAUCAUCAUCUACGUCUACGGUCCUAGUAUCCGGGCGAAGAGCAAGUUUGCAACCGUCCAUCUGGCCUUGGAUGGAGACGAUGAAUGA